AUGCGUGCCAUUGGUAAUAUCGCGACUGUGGAUCCAGCACUGUUGCACGAUGCACAGAUCCGUGAUGCGGUGGCAGAUCACUUAGUGUACGCCGUCCAAGCGGCUCAAGAAGCUUUAGAGGAGCUUUGGUUUGGUACCCAUCGUACGAAAAACGCUCGCUCAGUGGCGCAUGUCCUGGCCGAUGAUCUGUUUGCCGCGCCUACGUUCUCACCUGCCAUGUCCGGACGACUCCGAGCUGUUCAAAUUAUUACAGCAGUGCAUCCAGGAUUGCUCACAGUACCUCGAGCCAAGCAACUUCUUCCAUAUGUGGACGGAGCACAAACGCCCAAUGAAGUGGCUGUCAUGGAGGAACUUCUUCGGAUAUUCGCUCAAUUUUUGUUGGCCCUGAGCUACGUACUUCAGGCGUAUCCUCUCAAGUUUCUGGAGCCGGAUGUGUGCAAGGUCUUGGAUCAUGUGUUUUCCGAAGGUGCACCACUGGAGCAAUAUUUCAUGCUGCGCGCACUCUGGGGAUACCUUGAUCGAGAUGCCACCGCCCCUCAAGAGGAGGCGCAGCUGGAUAUGAGGAAGCAGCUUGCCGGCCAAAACAAAGUAGAUGCCGGUGUAGCGUCCGCCCUAAUCCAGCGUUAUGCUGUGCCAAUUCUGCAAGCGACACUGGAGGUGAAUGUUCCAAAGACGCAGCAAGUGGCGAGCGAGAUUGUUAAGCUGUCUGUUCUGCAAGGCCUCUCACACCCCAUGCAAUGUGUGCCCUACUUGGUGGCUCUGGAAACAGGUGACAAUCUUCUACUGCGACACAAGGCCGUGCAGCUUCAUCGAUACUUACUAGAAAAGCAUUCGUCGAUGCUCAGCACGCGUUUUGGUGAAUCUGUCACGAUGGCAUUUCGAUUCCAGCAGCGUCUCACGGCAGCCCCGCGCGGAGAUCUAUCGCCAACUCCAGACGAUGUAAACUUAAGUGUCUUUAUUGCCGAUACCUUGCAGGUCCUUGAGUACCGCUACGCAGAGGAGCCACUGACCAUCCUUUACGAACUCAAGAUGUUGGAUGCAAGCACAGGUAUUCAGAUUGCGGGUAUCAUUGGCCGCCGACUUCGGCGAGAAGAGCAUCUCCGCGAACCUAGCCCACUUACGGACGAAGAGAAUGAUUCGGAUGUUGAGAGUGUUGAAUCUCGUCCCAUGACAGACACCCUCCCUCACGAUAAAACCGCUAUUGGUGGACCUUUGCGGUCGACUGACUUGCUAUCGCUUGCGUAUGCAGCGAAGCGCGUUGAGAUACUACGGCGUGUGCGCCGUACGCUUAAACGUAUGUACCGUCUUCCGGAAACCAAGUGUGCCAAGUUCGAGCCAGGCAAGCGCACGACUUUGGGCGAUCGUCCCAUUGCGCUUGUAUCCGAAGCAGUGUUGUAG